UUCCCCGGUCCGCCGCCGCCUGAAACGCGGCGCUGCCUCCAGCCGGGCAGCUGCUGCUGCUGCUGCUGCGUCAGUUCCUAACAGUGACAGCCCCACGCCCUCCUUAUGUUUAUUCCUCAUUCUCUAUUUGGAUAUAAAGUGUGUUUUAAAAUCGCGGAACUGCUGCAGAAAGUCACUUUGCGAUUUGUUUAGUGAGUCCAGCGGGCGACAAGCAAGUCAAACACGCAAUGGGCUCCACGCAAGUACAGCGAGUGUGAACACAUUUUUGUUUUAAUUAAAGCUGUAUUAAAUAGGCCAGCUCUGUCCGGCUGCGAACCAACUUCCUGCAUGUGGCCGUAGGAGGAAGGGGAUUUCUGAGGCUUUGGCGGCCGCAGCUGCCGUCUGAUCGCGAUCCCCCGCUCCCCUCCGCGGAUGGUGCGGGGUGGGAUCAUCUGGAGAGGCCGUGGCAGACAUUUUACCCACGGUCUUCAGGAGCCUGGCAACUCGGACGGGGACCUCCGCGAAGACUGUGACAAAGAUUGUUUGGGAAACGAAAUGUGAAAAAAGGGCUCCACUUUUUCACCUUCUCAGUCUAAGAAGUUGCCUGAUCUGACGUGUCCACAUCCUGACACCUUCCUGCCUCGGGCAUGCCUCAGCCGGGUAUGAAUGGGAUGGAGCCUGCGUUUGGCGAGGCCUACGGGGGCCACAGGGGCCUGCUGAGCCCCUGUCCGCUGGCCAUGUCGCCACAAGGGGGCAGGACUGAGUACGAUCAGAGCGUGCUCCUGAUGCUGGGCUCCCCGGCGUCGCCACGGAAACGGCCCUUCGAGCUGCUGAGCGACCUGGUGGAUGACGGCGGUUUUGGCGAGGACCAGCAUCCGGAGCGCUGGGACGUGUCGGCGCUGGACGAGAUGGCCCGCUACACCAAGCUGGGCCUCGGAGUCGGCGGGGAGCUGCUGGCGUGCUCCGAGGACGCCAUCUUGAUGGGCCGCUGGGGGAGGAGCCGCGAGGAGGAGGAGGAGUGGAAGAAGAGGAGGGACGGCUGCGCGGCCCCUCCCGUAACCCAGGAAGUCCAGGUCACGGCGGCGGGGAAGGAGUCGCCGCGUGGCCCCAUUACCGUGGCAACACAGAGGGAGCUGUGCGCCGCCGGAAUGGGGAUGGGAGACGAACGCGACCAAGAGGUGUCGAGGGAGUGUACGGUGGAGGUGUAUCAGGUGGCGCCCGAGGAAGAGGAGGGGCAGGAACAGGAGGCGGCGGCGGCGGCCGGGUCAGGGCUGGCGCUGGAGCACUGCAGCGAGGAACACAACUACUCUCUGAGCCAAGGAGGCGAGAAGGCGGCCAGGCCGGCGCUCAGCGCUCCGCCGGAGGAGGCGAAGGAGGCUGAGGUUCAGCAGGAGGUGCAGGGCAGCGAGGACAGCCAGGCGAACACAGAGCUGGAGGACGAGGAGGAGGAGGAGGAAGAGGACGAGGAAGAGGAGGAGGAGGAGGAAGGGGCGGAGGAAACGGCGGUGGAGGCUGAACUCUCGAGCUCCUCAGAAACUGAGUGUGAGGUGGAACCUGAGCCAGCCAGGCCGCCAGGCGAGCGUCCGGCUAAGCGUCGCUGUUUCUGGGAGUACAGACGCUCCCGGGAGUCGGCCACGAAGAAGAAGCUGGGCGGCAACGUCCACUGGUCUCUGUCCUGGAGCUCCAGCACGCUGCCCAGCACGCUGUACCGCCGUGAGGGCAAGAAAGGGCGCCGCAAAGCGCGAAAGACGGACGCCAGCGACCUGACGCCCAACCCUCAGAAGCUGCACAACAUCGGGGAGCAGCUGCAGAAGCUCAACGCCGCCAUCAAGGGCAUGGGCCCAGUCAACGACCUGCCCGCCGUGGCUCGAGCGCGAUCCCGCAAGGAGAAGAACAAGCUGGCGUCCAGGGCCUGCCGGCUGAAGAAGAAGGCCCAGCAUGAAGCCAACAAGAUCAAGCUGUGGGGGCUCAACCAGGAGUACGAAAACCUGUUGGGAGCCCUGCUGCGGAUCAAGGAGGUGAUCCGACGGCGGGUGGAAAGCAGUGAGGAGGAAGACGGAGACGAACGUGGAAUGACCCAACGUCUCGAAGACAUCCUGAAAGAGUCCAGCGGUCCCCUAGUCGCUGGGCGGACCAAAGACUUUGUGCAAAGGAUUCUGGAUGCCAGCGCCAGCGGUCAGAACCAGCGUAAGGAGUCGCUGCAGGGCGGAGACGAGGCGGCGGGUUAAACUACCCAGCGCCUGUGGUUUUUUUCUCCACGUCUUCCCAUCCCAGCACCCACCUGGCCAAGCACCUCCUCUGCUCUCACCCUGCGCACAUCGGAGUGAGAGCUGAGCCGAGAAGAGGCUGGGAAAGAAGAAACCAAGACGGGGGAUUGUUUCCAUCCUGCUCUCCUUCAACAGCAGCUGCAGGCUGCACCGCAAACACCACCAGGCUAGAACUGCUGCUGAUGUCUUUACUGUCCGUCUGCGUGUGUGUGUGUGUGUGUGUGUGUGUGUGUGUGUGUGUGUGUGUGUGUGUGUGUGUGUGUGUGUGUGUG